UGACGCCUUAGGCAACUAAGACACAGUGUGAACUCGUACUCAAGCACCACUCGAUUAACGUAUCGUGUUCCGAUCAUCGUCGGGGUUAGGGUUAGAGAAUCCGGUUAGCAGCAAACUCAACAUCCCUACCUAACCCCAGCAAAAACGCGUCUCCCGGCAGCCCCAGUCAUUCCAAGAAACAACACCGAGUCAAACAGCAUGGCCCGUACAAGAACGGGCCGCGGUGCCCCGGAGUCUCCGGGGAACAAUAUUGAAGAUGCUCGUUCUGCUCGGUUGACACGACGUCGAGCAGGCGGCACAAGCAUGACGGAACGCGGCGAAGCCACCACCGCUGCCGCCUCUGCUGCAGCUCGGUCAAAAACGCGAGGCAAAGGGAAAGCUAAGAUCGUCCCGACGAGCACCACGUUGCGAGAGAUGGCGGAAGAACGAGACGAGGAGGAGGAUGACGUGGAAGAGCAGGAAGAGGAAGACCUCUACAGAAAUGAACCGGUCGCGCGGUUCAAUGCGAAGGACAUUGUCAGGGACAUCAACCCACAGGACAACGACAGCGAAAUGGGAUCGCAAAGUGUUUCGGGCACACAGAGGAACGCGACCCCGGCUUUCAUGAGUGCUGCAUACACAAUUUUCUCAAAAGCACCAGGGUCAUCGGCACCUCGAGGAUCACAAGGACGCGUACAACUACCGGGAAAAGAGGACGACGGCAGCGAUGACGAGUUGGGGUUGGGUGAAGGCGACGAUGACGCAUCCCAGGAUGUCGUCGAGGCGGAACUCAAGGAGAACGCGCUCGACUCCUUAUGGCACGAAUCCGAAGCUCUGGCGAGGCUGCUUCGGAACCCAAAGCCAGGUAGUAAAUCCUGGCGGCGGCUGCUACCCGUCUUCCGGGGCAACUGGCUCCGUACCCGCGAGUUCUUUGCAGAGACCGACGCGCUAUUCAUCGACCUCCUCGCCAGCAUCGAGGACAUUAGCGAAAGGCAACAGAUGAAGGCGCGGGCCGUCAUCAUCGGCGCCAACGCCACGUCGCUGCUCAAUGUCAUAUCCGACGCCGAGCUCCGCAAGGAGAACAACUUUGAUAGAGUCUGGAAGAUCUUCCAGCGCCUCGAUGAGGACUUUCCCGCACCCUUGUGCCCGUACGAUGACUACGCCGAUCAUGUUACCGAAGACGAUAUUGAGCUCGCCCUCGACAUCCGCACGCACCGGCUGAUCAUGAGUCUCAAGACAUUGUCAGACGACCAAUAUAACCCGGCCGACAUCGCGGCGGAGCUUUUCUGCAUGCCCCUAGAGUCCUCUGUCGAUGCAGAGGAGGCACUGCAGAAUGGACCGUUCAGGGGCAUCAACGGCCGCAUGACGGAGCGUUUCGCAGAGAGGGCAAAACAAAUCCACGACGCCAUCUUGGACAAGAGCGCGGACGAUGCCAUUCAGGCCCUGGACGAGACGUUCCCGCUCGAGGGAUCGCCUGACCAGCCACAGAACGGGGCCGAUGACAAAUCGAUCGACUUCAUCAGCAAGAUUUCCUCCUGGUGCAGUACAAUGAUUGACCAGCUCAGUGUUAUUUUGAAGGACCCCCCGCAGGGAUCGAGGGAAUCCUCUCCGACAGACUCCCUCCCCUCGAGCGCACCACAGGAUAUUGUCCGCAACGACGUACGCGAAGAUAUCUUGUCUCGAUCAAACGUGCAACUCCUAGCAAAGCUCUCCCGCGAGAACCCCUCGCGCAUACGCCCAUCUCCGUCACUGGCAAACUCCCAACGCGGAUCUCAGCGCGGAGCCAUCGUGGAGUCCAUCAUCAACGGAGGCAUCGGCGGUGAUUACUACGAAGAAGAAGACCGCCGCCGCAACCCCUCCCCAGCGUCGAGCGACCUCUCAGCCAUCAUCGCAGGCCUCCCCAGCACCGCAAUCAUCCGCAGCACGCAACCUUCUUCCUCCGCCAAAGCCGGCGCCAGCACCGCCGCCACCACCGGGCCCCCUCGCUCCUCCGGCUUCACCGCCGUCAACAACAGCAAGAAACGACCCCGCGAAGCCUCCGUCUCCCUAUCUCAACAAUCUCAAGAGUCAGACGACCCCUUCGAAGAAGAUAGCCGCGACCCGAAUCCCCAACGAAGGGCCCAACUCGCCCGCGACCGCCGCGACAUGCCCCCUCCCCCCUCAAAACGCAGAACCCUCCCCUCCACAGCACCACCACCCCGAUCAGCACCACCCUCUUCUUCAGCCUCCACCUCGACAACCUCCCUCCAAAGACGCCCCCGCUCCUCCCUCCCCAACGGCGCCCCAGCCUCCUCAGCCCCUCCCCCUUCCCCCCGAAGCAGCGUCUCCAGCACAGCCAGCACAGUCGCCUCCUUCCGCGAGAUAAACGAGAUGAACCGCCGCCCAGCCUCCCGCGCCGGCCCACAACAGCGCGUCCCCUGGUCCGACAGGGACACCCAUCGCCUCAUCCGCCUCAUAGAGCACCACAACUGCCUCUGGGCGCUCAUCGCGAAACGCCAGCACGCCGCCCGCAGCGAUGGAGGCGGCGGCGGCGGCGGCGACACCUUUGAGGAGAGGGAGGACUGUAUCCUGGAUCACCCGCGGGACCAGCAAGCUAUCCGCGACAAGGCGCGGAAUCUCAAGGUUGAUUUGUUAAAAGCCGACUUGAACCUCUACCCCGGCUUCGACGGCAUCGCCCUCGGCAAAAAGGAACGCCUGGCUCUCAUCAGUCGCGGCAGGAACCCAGACCGUAAGGAGGCCGACGUCGACGAGGCGACGGGCGAGCCCACGCAUACCGAAUACGUAGAGUUGGAAAGCGACGACGAGGACGAUGAGUUGUAAAAAAAGAAGAAGAAGAAGAAGAAGAAGAAAAAACAACAAGGCUGGCUGGCCUGGCGCAGCAGCCAUUAACUCGACAAACUUGCAUUCUUUUCUGUCACCUUAUCUUUCAUGGCUAGCUAUAUAUCAUCCAGAGGGGCUUGAAGUGUAAGAACUAGCAAGGAACAGCCAUGGGAUGACGAAAAAGGGAGCCAGUCGGUGGCCUAUGCGAAUUCAUUACUGGUGCUGAGGAUUGGCUCGCAGGGUUAUUCUUGGCUAUUGGUGUUUUUAGAAGCAUGCGAUAAGCAUGCUUCAUGGCGUUCAUGGAUGGAUAUAGGAUACUCGAAUGUAGACCCUAUUUUUCCUUAAACGUAGUCUCAUUGGCACGUACUCGGUAGCAGGCCGGACAGUCUCACAUGUCAAGCAUCCACGACGUAGCAGGUCAAUCAGUCUCGUCAUGAAGAAGACAA